GCAUGUGGAUGUCCUGCGUCGUCCGGUCCGUGGUCCCACCGCCACACGAAUCACUCAAUAUCAUACGAAAUUUUCAUCGGCGGAUAGAAUGGACUUUUACCGAAUAACUACACUAUAUGCAGCUCUGGUAUGUGCUGGGGAAUUACCUUGUUUACGAACAUUUGCUAUUUAUCUACCAUCCGUUCCCAAGAGCGCUAAGGUAACUAAGUUGUUUGAUGGGCACGAGAAGUCAACACAUUUUAAAGACUUUUAUACGUCAUCAUCGAGCGAGAGACAUUACAAAAGUAAUUCUGAAGACCCAAUUGAACCGCACGAUUAUAUGCUCUCCAUUUAUAAGACUUUUUCUACAGCAGAAAAAUUGGGUCUCAAUGCGAGUUUCUUUAGGUCAUCAAAAGCUGCCAACACCAUAGCAAGUUUUGUGGACAUCGGACAAGAUGGCCUCCCACGUUCCCCUGUGCGAAGACAGCAGUAUCUGUUUGACGUCUCAAGUCUCUCAGACAACGCUGAAGUUCUGGGGGCAGAGCUGAGGAUAUACACCAAAGUCUCUGGAAAUUUCAGGAUAUCGGAAACAGGACCAGUGGACAUCCAGCUCCUCUCCUGUCACACUCAACAGCUGCUGGACUCCCAAACACUGGAUCUUCAAGAUUCCCAGAGGCCCAGGUGGGAAGUUCUGGAUGUGUGGGAGAUAUUCAAGGACUGGCAGCGCAGGACUGAGGGGAAGCAGUUCUGUCUGGAACUCAAGGCCAUGUUGGACAACCCUGAGAAGGAGCUGGACCUGAACAGUCUGGGCUUCCACAGGAGUGCACGCCCGCAGCAGAAGAAAGCCAUCCUCGUAGUCUUCACCAGGUCCAGAAAGAGACAGACUCUGUUCAGUGAACGAAGAGAGAGUACGUCGUCAUGGAGCCAGACGGCGCAGGAGAGCGGUCGUCUGUCUAAGGCCUCCAGGACACGGCGCACUGUCACGUCCAAGAACAGCCAGCACGGCAAGAGGCACAGCCGGCACGGCAAGAGGCACAGCAGGAAGUCCAGAUGCAGCAAGAAGCCGCUUCACGUGAACUUCAGAGAGCUGGGCUGGGAUGACUGGAUCAUCGCACCUCUGGAUUACGAGGCGUACCACUGCGAGGGCGUGUGUGACUUCCCUCUCAGGUCCCACCUGGAGCCCACCAAUCACGCCAUCAUCCAGACUCUCAUGAACUCCAUGAACCCGAGCAACAUGCCCCCCAGCUGCUGCGCCCCGUCCAAACUCACCCCCAUCAGCAUCCUGUACAUAGAUGCAGGAAACAAUGUGGUGUAUCAGCAGUACGAAGACAUGGUGGUUGAGUCCUGUGGCUGUAGGUAGGAAGGACCAUGUGUUUUCAGUGAGUGGGAGAUCAGAUCCUGUUUGGUAGGGAGGUUAAUGACCAAGCCUGUAAAUGUACGGUCUCUGGGACGUGUGAUGGAGUGGUUGAUAUGAUAGCCAGGGUCUCAGAGCUUUGUCGUGUUAAUGACCUUCCUCUUAAACUUUCACACGUUUCAGUACGUGUUUAAGAGCCAAAAUGACCGAAAACCGAUCAUUGGCUACAUCAAGUAAAGUGAACACAGCUUUUUUGGGCACUUUGUCACAGCCUCUGGACUGUCCAUGUCUUAAAGAACCUGACCCUUUGUUGGGUGUGAUUCAACUGCACUUCCACCAAACACACCGAAGGUUUGUAGGUGUACAGGCUGUGUGGUGAGGUGACGACUGGAGGGACUGAGGAACGUGUUUAUCCUGCCAUGCACUGAUGUUCAUAUUAACAUAUGUAAAUAAUGGAUAUGGAAAGUAUAAUUAAUGUUCUAUAGCUAAGUUAUUAUAUCUCUAGUUUCUCUAGUUUGAGUGGUUGGCUGAGGUCCCCAUGCCAAUACAAUCUCAUUUCAAGAUUUGCUUUUUGUGAUGAUAAUUAUUGACUACACACAU